AUGGAAGAGGCUUUGAGUUUGACCGAAAUUAUCAAACAGAAAUUUUUCUUUUUUAACCGAGAUAUCCUCCGAAAUGCGCGAAAGUUCAAAACAUGCGGGGAAAAAUUGAAAACUGAGAAUCAAAAGGAAUUCCAACAACUUGCAAAAAAACUUGUCCAACUCCUUGAAAAGGAACUCGAUGCUGUGAGAUUUUUGGAACGUAUGAUAACACUUGGUUCGCUCGCUGACAAUACUAUUGUCAUUUCCUCGGACGAAAGCGAGGAAACUCAGUCGGACAUUAGAGCGUUUCUUUUGCCAACUUCGACUCCUCUUAAGCAGCCGACCCCAAUCGAGGGAUUAUCGCUUACCCCUAUUCACCAUGAGAACGCUCCGGCUGAAUCAGCGAUAAAUUCUAAAAAUAAGCUUGUGUUUGAAGAUGAUACGAUUUCCAAGACUGAAACAUCAAUGGAGCAGACUUUGAUUGCCGCUGAGAAAGUUUCUACUAAACUGCUGAAUGUGGUUCCAAUCGUCAAUGGUGAAAAAUUGCAAAGCCGAAAGCGUAGCCUUGACGAUGCAUCCUCUGAUCAGAAGAAGAAAAAGCUCUUUGAUGAUAUUAAAAAACGAGCAGACGAUUACGUUCAGGAACACAUUAAUUCCUUAAAAGAAGAUUCCGAUUAUCUAUCCGAUAAAGAAGUCAGCCUUUUCCUCGAAACAAUUGAAGCUGAAACCAAAGAUGAGACAGAUGCUGCCCUCAGCAAGAUCGAGAGCUUCGAAGACCUUCUUGGCUACUUUGACUUGUCCUCCGGCUAA